UAUCCACUUGAGCUUGCAACAGUUGAAAGGGUUCUAGUGGGGGGAGAUCAGACGAGCAAAGGAAAGGAGGGAACGGGAAUAGAAGGAAGCCAUGCAAACAGUGGGGCAACCCGGGGGUUUUGUUUAACAGGCCUAAUCACAGACCAGCAAAAACUGUUUGGUUUUGACUCAUCCCUGGAGGGAAACCAAAGAGGACAAAAUCUACCAUACCUGGCAGAAAAGACAUCAAGCUGUGGGCACAGACAAAGAAGAAAAUAACAUCGUUAAAGUGGACAAAUACUUAGAGGUGCAAGGAAGCGAGGAAUUGUCGAGUAAGCAGCAGCAACAGCUCAAAGACGACCUGAAAAGAACUGAAGCAGCCUUAGUCCAGGCGAGAUUAGACAGUAAAACAAAGUGUUAGAGGGACGAUGGCCAACUCAGGUCUUCAGUUGUUGGGCUACUUUCUAGCGUUGGGUGGUUGGAUUGGAAUCAUCUCUACCACCGCACUUCCUCAGUGGAAGCAGUCAUCCUAUGCCGGGGACGCCAUCAUCACAGCUGUAGGUCUGUAUGAGGGGCUGUGGAUGAGCUGCGCUUCCCAGAGUACAGGACAGGUGCAGUGCAAGAUCUUUGACUCCAUGCUCUCCCUGGACUUCCACAUCCAGACAUGCCGCGCUCUCAUGGUGAUCUCUGUGCUGCUGGGCUUUAUCGGCAUCAUCGUCAGCGUCGUAGGGAUGAAGUGCACCAAUGUUGGAGAUAACAACCCUUCCACCAAGACCCGUAUUGCUGUUGCUGGAGGGGCUCUCUUCCUGCUUGCAGGUCUCUGCACACUUGUGUCCGUGUCCUGGUAUGCCACUCAGGUGUCCUACCAAUUCUUUAACCCAAAUACACCGGCCAAUGCAAGGUAUGAGUUUGGCUCAGCUUUGUUCGUGGGCUGGGCUGCCGCCAGUCUGACCGUCCUCGGCGGCUCGUUACUGUGCUGCUCCUGCUCCAGAGACAACAUGCGAGGGCAGCCAUAUUACCACCAAUCACAGCCUUCCACAGCAAGGGAGGCAGAGUUGUUGAGUGAAACUAGCUUCCCUGACUGAUCGAGGACUUUCUGACUGUCCAACCACUGAAUUUCCUUUUCACCGUCCGGUUACACUGUUUGCCCCAAAUUUUAAUUCCUGUUUGUCAUAUUUGUAAUAUAGAAGUGUUGGAAACAUAUUCUUUCACUCCACCAUAUUUGAUCUUCAGUGUAAAUAUAGAUUAUUAAAGGAUAUUUGAGCUUUUCAUUGAGAAAUCAUUUAUUGUCCUUCUCAUCACCUCCCUUGAUUUGAAUCAUAGCAAUGUGCUGCUUUGCCGUGUCAACUAUAUCCAAUGAUCCCUGGGUGUUGAAAAUGUAUUUUACUGGUUUCAUUUGUUCGAUAUGGUUGUAUUUUGACUGAAACCUGUUUUUUUCCCCUCUGAAUUGCAGACCAAAUGUUAAAAGUACCCCACCAGAGAAAAGGGAGCAGUACUUGUAGUUUGGGAGAGUCUUCUGGCCUUUUCCAUGGCUUAAAAAACUCCCAUUGAGGAAUACAGACCAGACGAACACAUUUCUGAACUGAACUCUAAGAAAUUGCAGAAGAAUAAUUUUGUGGGUUAUAGAAAAGACUUGUGGGGUGGGGGGUGUUUGGGGGGGUCAUAAAUUUAAGUGUUAGGGGUUACAGAUCAGAACAUUGACUUUGUUAACUUUGGGGAAACUCAUUAGGAUAUGUUUUAUAUAACAUAUUUAAAGGUAUGUGUAUAUACAUUAUAUCUACAUCUAUCUAUAUAUAUAUACGGAAGAGGAUUAGGGCCACUGGAAAAAAAAAAAAGUUAACUGAUUUUUAAAUUUUA